UUUUCCUUACAAAAAUGACAAUUCUGCUUUAUCAUUCACAAUAUUUGUUGACUUUGCCAUCACCGUAGAUUGCUUGCUUAGAGGUUAACAAGAUGGCGUCUUAUUGAUGAUUGGUGUUUGUUAGAGUCUUGUUGCUAAGACCAAAAUGGCUACCAAGAGGCCUGCAGAAGAUUCUGGUGGGUCUGGAGCUUCGGCUUCCAAGAAGCCAACAUUGACCAGACUAGAACCACUGAAACUUGGAUCAAUUUGUUCUUUGGAAGAAUUAGAUCUUAAGGUACUAGCUUUUCAAAAUAAGAAACUUUCAGAGAGAAUUGAGCAAAGAAAAAAGGCAGAGGGAGAACUUAAAAAACGAAUUGAACAGCUAGAAAAUCGACAAAGAACGGAUGAUAAAGUUCUUAUGAUAGUUAAUCGAUACUGGAAUCAGCUUGAUGAAGAUGUUCGGGUAUUGCUUCAAAGAUUAGAUGCUGAAACAGCUGAUGAAGAUGAGACUAAAAAUGAGAGUAGUGAAACAUCAUCCUUUCUGACUCUUUUAUCAACUUGGGAUAAACAGGAACUUGAGGAUAAACUGAGUCAGAGAGUGGAAUUCUCUAAAAGAGCCAUCAGUAAGCUACUACAGGCAGUUGAUCAUUUAUUACAAAGAAAUGAAAAGCUUCAUACGGGUAUAGCGGAUAAGGUAGAGAAAGAUAGAAAAGACUUAUUGGCUAAUUCUAUUAAAGCUGCUGAGGAGGAGAAAAAAGAGGAUGAAGAUAAAAAAGAUGAAGAUAAAGAAGAGGAAGUUGAAAAGGAAGAAAAAGAAGAAAAGAAUGAAGAAGAAGAGAAGUUUCGGGAGUUUGAAAUGUUAGUUAAGGAAGAAUUAGCGGAGGUUCGACGUGAAAAUAAACAACUACAUAAUCUGGUUACACAGCUUCAUCAAAGACAUCAUGAACAUACAUUAACGAUCUCAGAAAUGCAAGAUAAAGUAACAGCUUCCGAGACGGAGAUAGCUGAGAUCAAGAAUAAAGUUGAUGAUCUAGAAUAUGAAUAUGAGAAAGCUGAUCAGAGAGCUGAGAAAUUGGAUCGACAUCUUGCUGAUGCCAUACAGAAGUUGACAUAUUAUGAAGAAACUGGUGUCACUGUAGAAGGUGUUAAAAUAGGAGCAGGUGGAAUGGUAUCUAAUAAAAAGCUUGAUGAGAUUUUUGCUGAACUAGAAGAACAGAAGGAACUUGCUGGUAAUCGUCUAACAGAACUAGAGAAACUGAGUAAAGAUCAUCAAGAAGCCAUGAUAGAAAUAGAGAAAUUAAAGCUUGAUCUACAACAUCUACCAGAAAAUAUUAUCAUUGAUACAACAGAGUAUAAAUGUAUGCAAUCUCAGUUUUCUGUUCUCUAUAAUGAAUACCUACAGAUGAAGACUCAACUGGAAGAGACUAAAGGCGUGUUAACCAGUAAUAAAAAUACUCAUUUACGACAAAUAGAGCAAAUGGAGAGUGAUGAACUGACAAAUCAGAAGAAAUUACGAUCUGAAAUGAUCCAGUUAGAAGAUUUGUUUGCUCAGGUUAGAAAGGAAUACGAAAUGUUGAGGAUAGAAUUUGAACAGACUUUAGCAACAAAUGAACAAACAGCUACCAUCAAUAGAGAAAUGAGGAACUUGAUACAGAGUUUGCAGAAUCACAACCAACAGUUGAAGAUGGAAAGUGUGCGAUAUAAACGAAGGUUAAAAGAGGCACAAACUGAAAUAAAUAAGUUAAAAGCUGAGAAUACUGGUGGUUCGUGUGCUUCAUCCACAUCAUCUACUACAUCUGAUUUAAAAAUAGAGAUAAAAGAUGACUCUAUCACCACGACAACAACCAGCAGUAAACCUAUUGUUAUAGAACCUGAUGUUAUUAUCAUUAAAAAAGAUGAUGAAGAUUCUAUGGAUGAGUUUCGUGAUAAGGGAAAAACUGACUUGGAAGUUAUCAAAGAUUUACGUACUCAGUUAAAACGAGCACUAGACAGUCAGAAAGAAUUAAAGUUAUUAUUAGAUAUGUAUAAAAGUGCACCCAAAGAACAAAGAGAUAAAGUACAGCUAAUGUCUUCAGAGAAGAAAGCUCGACAAGAAAUAGAAGAACUGAGAGGUCACAUAAAGAAAAUGCAAGAAUCUGAGAGAAAAGAAAGAAGAAAGCUGGCAGAGGAAGAUGCCAUUAGGAAAAUCAAAAAGAUGGAAGAAACAAUAGCUGAACUUACCAAAAGUUUGUCCUCUCAAAAACAGAGAGAAGAAGCUUUACUGAAUGAUUUAGAAGUAACAGGACAGGCAUUUGAAGAUAUGCAAGAACAGAACACACGUCUUUUACAACAACUAAGAGAAAAAGAUGAUGCUAACUUUAAACUCAUGUCUGAGAGAAUCAAAUCCAAUCAAAUCCACAAGUUAUUACGAGAAGAGAAAGAUGUACUAGCAGAACAAGUGGCUACAUUACAAACUCAAGUAGAAGCUCAGAAUCUUGUGGUGAGAAAAUUAGAAGAAAAAGAAAGAAUUCUUCAGAAUAAUUUAUCAACAGUUGAAAAAGAACUAAGUUUUACUCAACAAGCUAUGGAAAUGCAGAAGAGAAAAGCUGUAGAAAGUUCGCAGACAGCCGCCGAUUUAAAACUACAUUUAGAUAAAUAUCAAUCACAAUUAAAGGAAUCACAGCAGGCUGUAUCAGAGAAAACAGGUUCUUUAGAACAAGAAGCUUUUAAAUAUAAACGUAUGCAGGAAGAGAUAGCUAAACUCCAAAGAAAAUUAGAAAGAAGUAAAAAGAUUGAAAUGGCUGGUGCGGCAGAUGAAGUUUUAUUAGAAGAAAUAAAAGAAUAUAAGGAGCAGUUAACAUGUCCAUCAUGUAAAGUAAACAAGAAAGAUGCUGUCCUUACAAAAUGCUUCCAUGUUUUCUGUCUCGAGUGUUUGAAAACCAGAUAUGAAACUCGCCAGAGGAAAUGUCCCAAAUGUAAUGCUGGUUUCGGUGCUAAUGAUUUCCAUAGACUUUAUUUGUCAUAAAUAGAAUAAAAUUGUUUUGUUAUUGAUAAGACUAUUAGUACAGUUGGAAAUCGUAUGUUUAAGUCUGAUAUAAAUUAUCGUAAAAGUAUGGUACUGCUAUCUGGUGAGAAAGCCAUGUAUUGUGAUGGAUAUAUAACUGAGUUUUUUUUAACCAGAUUGCUUAGAGAAAUUCUGCUUGUGGUUAAGAAAUUAAAAAAAAUGUUUGGGAGCCAGUUUUAAAGAGAAAUUGAGUAUCAGCUAGUAUCGAUGUGCUGAAUCGAAGUUGAAUGAAUGUGUUUAAAAUAUUUAUUGGACAAAAAGGAAAAUACGGAUUCGUCAUUUAUUUUGUUUCAUUUUACACAUAUAUUUAUUAAUCUUCAUGUCCCAUUCUGAAUAAGCUUAAUCAUUUUAUCUUCAUAUUUAUGCCAUUAAUCAUUUCAAAAUAUUUUUAAUCAUCUCUGUAAAUCAGUUUUAUAUGUACAUACAUUCCUGUUCAGUGUCUCAAGCAAUUUAUUUAAUGUACAUUUUAUUAAAAAUUAUUCUGCAUCUGUUUACUAGUUUGAUAUUCUCGGUUUCAUUUUGUAUCAUAUUUAUAUAGGAUUCAUUAAAGAUGCUGAUUGUCAUUUCCAUUUUUCGGACAAUAUUGCUUCUUGUUUGAUUAGUUAUCUUUGUAAGUACUGAAUGGAAAUGAAUCAGUUUUGGACUGAUAUUCAACUUUCAUAAUAUUGUAAUUUACAAGGGAUUCAAACUCUGUCAAAUGACGGUUAGAGACUUUAAAUUACCAGUACAUGAAAUUUUGUAUAAAUUAAUCAUCUAGUUCAUACUCCCAUCCUAUUAUAUAAUUGAUUGAUAUGAAGGAAGUUAUAUGUAUACUAUUGUACAUAUUAGAAAAUAUAUAAAAAUGGUAUAUUUAAGUUUUAGUUAUAGUUACAUGUAUUACAAGGAUUUUAUUAUUAUUGCCUUACUUGACAGAUUGAGUAAGCAUUUGCUUCUGAAUUUCAAGAAAAAUCCUUAUUUGGUCAAGCACAUAAUCAAGUUAUUUUUACCUGGAGAUAAUCAUUUUAGUUAAACCUCAAAAAAUGUCAGGUCCAAAAACUACUACCUGACAUAUUGAGCUUUGUUCUGGACAUGUAUUAUAAAAUCAUUAAAAACACUUGUAAAAGUGAAAAAUGUGUGUCCGGCAAAACCACCAUAGUGAGAGAUCUCAAUUUGUGCCUGACAUCGUCUGACAGGUGCCUUAGUUCUAGGUUUGUUUAAUUGGUAAAAGCUAUAUAGGUUAAUACUGCUAUUGAGUUUAUUUUAUGAACUGCAUUCAGUAAUUGGGAAAUAUUCAAAUAAUAAAACACUAUUUAUGGAGAACACUCACUAGUACUAGUAGUAUAUGCUAUGCAGCAUAUAAACACAAAUAAAUGAUUGAGUUGCAACCUAUUGGAAUGGGUAACAGAUGGUGGACUUUUUUCAUUGAAUACGGUAGAUAAUAGAGACAGUCCUUGUAUAUUAUGUUUAGGUUGUAUAUAUUCUGUUGACAUUUGAUUAUUAUGUUUUGAUGAAUGCAUUCUAUACUUAAAACAAAUACUAACAAAUAGACACAUUAUACUGGUACCGUCAAUGUGUGUGAAUAUAGGUCUAAUGGGCAUUAUAAGAUUUAGACACAUAAGUAUACUGGCAUUUGGUUGUUACGAUGGAAUAAAUAACAUGGCCACAUGUACACACUGGCAUACACGUAAUAGAACCCUUCGCUUUGGGAAUUUGAUGAAAAGUGGUCAGAAACGCCUCUUUCUAGGCAUGAUUUCCCUAAUAGCACAUUGCAUGGCGUAUGUCUGUCUUCAUUAGCUCUGUGAGUGCAGAAAAAUAGGACGUUAAGCUGCAUUUCAUUUUAUUUCAGAAUUAAGUUGUUAAUGUUUGAAAUUUUGAAUAUACAGUAUAUUAAAUAAAUAACGAUAAGAGUUAUGUCCCUUUAUUUUCGGAAAGAAAAUGUCCGACAACUAAAAUUUUGAAAUCCCAUCACUGAUUCAGACCUGCUGUGUAUAAGACAGUUCAUGAUAUUAAUUAUUUACCAUCAUUUACAUCUGUAUCAUUUCUUGUUGCAAAGCUAAUUAUGAAAGAAACUAGUCUUAGUUAUUUAGAAGAAAUUAUAUGAGGAAUUAGUUUGCAGAUAUUUUAAAAUCUAAACUGUAUACUUUGUGUGUAGUGGAUAACUAUUUCAAAGAAAAAAUGUACCAAACAGAGAAUUGUAAUAAAAAUGGAUUUAAAAGAA